AUGGCUUCCCCCUGUUCCAAGGACCCCAGCCCGGCAGGUCUGCCCCCUGGUCCGGUAACCACGCCAGGUGAGGCACAUGGUCCCGCCGCGCCCCCGGAGCCCCCGUUCCCGGACAUCUAUGGCGGGGAUGCGCAGCUCUGGGAGGCGCACUUCCGUGGCAUCGGGCGCGCCUACCGCGCGCUGGGAAAGGAGGACGACUUCGCCAUCCGCGUGCUCACCGAGGACUUCACGCUGCCCUUCCCGUUCGCCUGGCCGCCGGGGCCCGACCCUGCCCGCGGGCCGCUCUUCUACGACCCGCACGACCGCGCGGGCUUCGACUUCCUGCUGUGGGGCCCGGGCGCGCCGCCCCCCGCGCUGCUGCGGCCGCUGCACGACACCGCGCAGGCAGCCGGGCGCAAGCGGCGCCUGGAGCAGCUGGCGCUGAGCUACGCGCACCGGGCGCCGGGCCCCGGCCCAGCCUGGUGCUGCUCGCUCCCGCCCCCGCCCCCAGCAAGGCCUUCCAGGGACCCGGGGGCUCCGAGGCCGCGUCCCCAGGCGGGGGCGCCCCCAGGCUGGGCUAGCCCGAUCCUCGAUACUGGACAAAGUGAAUAA